AUGCAGUGGCAACAGGAAGUGGACGAUGAGGACCUCAUGUACUCUCCGGCUCUGCUGGCCCGGCGAGCGUCCGAGAGCUGGAUAGAGUUCCCUCCAGUAGAGAGUAUUCCAGUCAAUGCAACUCUACAGAGGAAGAAAUCAUUACCAGAUGUACAACAGCUACCGCGCACGACCGGGGCCAUGAGCCGGGAGGAGGUCUCGCUCCUUGGUUCGGCCCGCCGCGAGGAAGUCCGGCGACUGAAGGACGAGCAGGAGCGCUUACGAGUUAAUCCAUUGUUGUAUCUGGUCAGUCCACAAGUGAAGGAUUGGUUCUCGCGCCAGCAACUGGUCAUGCUAGUGCUGAUCGUUAAUAUUGCCUUGGCUAUUUUAUUCUUUAAAAUACUCACAUAGCGUUGGCUCAGUCCGUGUUUGCAUUUCAGCAUGUUUCUAAGAAAGGUGACACUUUAGAAUAGCCGACAGCAGAAAUGAAGAUAACAUUUAAACGAACAUUAUGGGAUAACUCUUGUCGCAGCGGCGGUAUCCACAAGCGCACCCGCAGCCCGCUUUUCCGCCUCGGUGCGCCUCCCUCCGGGCACCGUGUGACCACUUUUGAUGGCGGAAAAUGGCAACAGAAAAAAAACAACAACAACAACAACAAACAAACCAAACCAAACCAAACCAGACGCCAGAGGCAGAACCAACACGUUAACUACUAGCAGGAGCAGAGGAUGACAAAUAUUUCGAGAUAAGCAACAACCCAAGUGAACAGUGAGGCAAUCAAUUAGUGUGCAUGUUUGUGUGCGCGUGUGUGAGUGUGCGUGUGUGCGUGUGCGUGCGUGCGGUGUGUGCGUGUGUAGGUGUGCGUGUGGAGGGGGUGCGUGCGCCUAGCUGGCCACAGCAACCAGCCACCAUCACCCACGACGCCCCACACAACACCACAGCGGCAUGAGAAUGGAGAGAAAUCAAUAAAAUUGUUUAACUUUGUGCAUUCAAUCAUCAAUCUUCGCAAUUACGAUCCAUCCUUUACCUACGUAAAAAAAUAUGAAACAAGUUAUAAAUAAACGUGUAACACCGAUAGUUGUGGGGAAGCAAGGGGAGCAGCAAAUUCGUAACACAAACACAAAUGAGAUGGAGGGUAAAAAGAGGUAAACGCUAGAAAAAAUAAAAACUUUGAAUGCAAAUCAAUGAACCAAAACAUUUCAAGUUCUUAACAAAAAGUAAAAAAAAAACACAAAUAAAACAAGCAUGAAAUGCUAGUAAGGGAUUAGGAAAAUUUCGAAAAAUCGAACGAUACACGUGGAAGAGAUAGCAACAAGAUGAAACAUAUAGAACGAGAGCAAAUUAUAGGAAAGUUAUACAACCGAAGCAAAGAAGCAAAAAAAAAUAGAUAAAAAGAGAUACAUUAAAUUAUAAUGCGGAAGAACCAUGUGCAGAUAAUGCGAAAGCCAAAUCUUACGAAAAAAAAACUUUGUUAACAUAAUUUUUAGCAGAUCGUCUAAAAACGUAAGGAAGAA